AACACACAAGGAGGAAGCUCUUGGGCUGUAGAUAAAGUCAAGGGUGAGAUUUUUAGAUGUUCAUUCUCGAGAAGACGCUAAUAAGUAAGAACGUUGCUCUUACUACAGCUACACAUCUCACUCUACCAUUUUGAAAAAAUUAACUUCACUACGUUAACAUGCGUGAGUGUAUUUCCGUUCACAUUGGCCAGGCUGGUGCCCAAAUUGGAAAUGCAUGCUGGGAAUUAUACUGCUUAGAGCAUGGUAUUCAGCCUGAUGGACAGAUGCCAUCUGAUAAAACCCUUGGUGGUGGAGAUGAUUCGUUUAAUACUUUCUUCAGUGAGACUGGCUCAGGAAAACAUGUGCCACGAGCUAUUUUUUGUGAUUUAGAACCGACAGUUAUAGAUGAGAUUCGCACAGGCACAUACCGACAACUCUUUCAUCCUGAGCAACUGAUCACUGGUAAGGAAGAUGCAGCUAAUAACUACGCACGAGGUCAUUACACAGUUGGAAAAGGGAUGAUUGAUCAGAUUGUCGAUCGUAUUCGAAAGUUGGCUGAUCAAUGUACUGGUUUGCAAGGAUUUCUCAUCUUCCACUCCUUUGGAGGUGGAACAGGCUCUGGUUUCACUUCUCUUUUAAUGGAAAGGCUUUCUAUUGACUAUGGGAAGAAGUCAAAACUUGAAUUUGCUGUUUACCCUGCUCCACAAGUGAGUACCGCUGUUGUGGAACCAUACAAUGCUAUUUUGACCACCCACACCACCCUGGAACACACUGACUGUACAUUCAUGGUGGACAAUGAGGCCAUCUAUGAUAUUUGUCGAAGAAAUUUGGACAUUGACAGACCAUCCUACAGCAAUUUAAACCGUUUAAUCAGUCAAAUUAUCUCAUCUAUUACUGUAUCUCUUCGAUUUGAUGGCGCUUUAAAUGUUGAUUUAACAGAGUUUCAAACUAACUUGGUACCAUAUCCGCGAAUCCAUUUCCCCAUGGCAACAUAUGCACCAGUUUUAUCAGCUGAAAAGGCAUACCAUGAGCAACUAACUGUUGCUGAAAUCACCAAUGCGUGUUUUGAACCACAAAAUCAAAUGGUGAAAUGUGAUCCAAGACAUGGUAAAUACAUGGCUUGUUGUUUACUAUACAGAGGAGAUGUUGUGCCAAAAGAUGUCAAUUCAGCUAUUGCUGUUCUGAAAACCAAACGCACCAUUCAGUUUGUUGAUUGGUGUCCUACUGGAUUUAAAGUUGGAAUCAACUAUCAACCACCUACUGCAGUUCCUGGUGGAGAUCUUGCUAAAGUGCAGAGAGCUGUGUGUAUGUUGAGCAACACAACUGCUAUUGGCGAGGCCUGGGCACGACUUGAUCAUAAGUUUGAUUUGAUGUAUGCAAAACGUGCUUUUGUUCAUUGGUAUGUUGGUGAAGGUAUGGAAGAAGGAGAAUUUAGUGAAGCUAGAGAAGAUCUAGCGGCGUUGGAAAAAGAUUACGAAGAAGUUGGUGUAGAUUCUGCCGAUCAAGACGCGGAAGAGGAAGAAGAAGGCGAAUAUUAAAAUAUAAACAAUUAUAAACUUUCCGCAUACAGAGCACGUAAACCCAUUAACCAGUGAAAGAAAAUGAAAUUGCAGUAAUUUUUAUUUUACAAAAAAUAUAUACUUGUUUUUUGAA